UCGUGGUGUCACCGUCUCGUGUGUUCUGCAUACCGUCGCAAAGAACUAUAUCGAAUGCAGCGAUACAGUUCGUUGAAUCUAAAACAGCCGGUUAAAAUUUAAUUAAAUGAAAAUGUUUUUUCGUGAUUGUGAAAGGUGUAGAGACCAUGAUUUAAUGAUGAGAAAAAUGGAUCAUCAGUUGGAUGAUUUCCCUAAGGAAUAAUUGGUUGUUGUUUUCUUUUUGUCUUGCAUCGAGUGUCUGUGAACGCGUGAACAUUUUCUUUGGACGAAUGGGAAUGGAAAACUUGUUUUAUUGUACAAUAAAAUUAAAUGAAUGAAACAACAGAAUAUUGAAAUUAAAUGCAGAAAUUCAAAACUACCUGCCUGCGCAUUUAUGUAAAUUGAUAACCUAUUGAUGUAUAGUGAAUUAUAAUAGAAAGAUAUUAACCAACGAGUCCAUAAUAUAUUGAAAGUAAUUUAUUUAUUUAUUUAAUUUAUUAAGAAAAAAAGAGAAAUUCUUUAAGUAAACUUUAUUUAAAACAAAUUGAAAUAAUUUAUUAGCUCCAUAAUUACAAAUCUAAUCUAAUAAUAAUAAAAAAAAUCGUGUUAACGUGCAGUGACGAUACACAGCAAUUUGUUGUCAAACCAAAAAAAAAAACAAAUUUUAUUGCAAAGACGAAUCUCAUUCCUCAAUACAAUUUCAAUAUGACAAUGUUGGCUGUGAAAAAUUUCUUUCUACCGGAACGCAAAGCACCGGAUACACCGAGAUUCAGUCGAAUGCCUGAAACCUUCCUACGUUCAAUUCGUCGACGAUCGUUACGUGUCAAACGAACAAAAUCGUUGGUAGUGUCUGAAAAACGGAAAUCAGAUUCAUUUGUCAACAGCCAAGAAUGGACGAUAUCACGAUCAGUACCCGAUCUACGUUUAGGAAUAGUUGGCUCGCUAAAUUCUGGCAAAUCAGCUCUGGUUCAUCGAUAUUUAACCGGAUCGUACAUGCAAGAAGAAUCACCUGAAGGCGGCCGCUUCAAAAAGGAAAUUUUCAUAGACAAUCAAAGCUAUUUGCUGUUAAUCAGAGAUGAGGGUGGCCUACCCGAAAUGCAGUUUUCUGCAUGGGUGGAUGCUGUUAUAUUUGUAUUUAGCCUAGAGAACGAGGCUAGCUUCAGUGCCGUGUAUAAUUAUUACACAAAGAUGUCUCACUUCAGGAACAGCGCCGAAAUCCCCAUUAUUUUAGUUGGUACUCAAGAUGCGAUUAGUGAUCGAAGUCCACGAGUUAUUGAUGAUGCUAGAGCUCGAAAAUUAGCAAGUGAUUUGAAGAGAUGCUCAUAUUACGAAACCUGUGCUACGUAUGGAUUGAAUGUUGAGCGUGUUUUUCAAGAUGCUUGUCAGAAAAUAGUGCAACAACGGCUGGUAACAUCGUCACAAUGCUUGACGCCGACAAAUUCACGCCCGACCACUCCACAAGGAACUCGUUUAGGUAUAGCUAGUUUCCAUCAUCAAAGCGUUCCUAGUCCAACCAAUGGCUUUUCAGGCAAUUCCCAACAACACAAUUCCACCAACAACACAUCAAUGCAUCCAUCCGGCAAUUUCACACUACCUCAUCGACACCACAACAUGUCAGCAUCCAGUCAUCACAUACCGAUUCGAAUUAGCGCCGAUUUUAUUAGUGCGGAGCAGCAAUCUCAACAUUCACCCAUCCAAAAAUGGGGAACAAUAUCGCAUGGAACGUCGCAACAAGCGCUACAAUCACUUGCGUUAGACAACAACAAUGUGACGAAGUUUUCACCUUCAUCGGUGCAACAGAAUAAUGUCGUUGUGGAUAAUGUCCAAUCCGUUGGACUUGCACCAACGAAAGAUGGCAAGGACAAGGAGUUACCAACACCGACAUCGACACCAACAACAUCGCGGAAAAGUCGUCGACGUUCGAAUCUGUUCAUUCCAUCUUCGAAGAAAAGCGACGAUAAACUGAAGAAUGGUGAGUUAGGCAGCGGUCGGGCGAUACCAAUUAAACAGGGCUAUCUGCACAAGCGAAGCAGUAAAUCGUUGAAUAAAGAAUGGAAGAAGAAAUAUGUAACAUUGUGCGACGAUGGUGUGCUAACUUACCAUCCGUCACUACAUGAUUACAUGGACGAUGUACACGGAAAGGAAGUAUCACUACAAUACGUUACUGUCAAAGUCCCUGGGCAGAAGCCGCGUGGUUCUAAGUCGAUUAUAACAAACAGUGCGCUAACGUCAUCGAUAAACUUCAAUUGGAAAUCAAACAAUCAACACACGAACGGACUCCAUGAAGGCAUCGGUGGUCUUUCGCUGGCGAAAGAUAAGAAAGUUACGGAAAAGGUACUGCUUACGGCUUUCGAGACAUUACGAGAACCAGGAAAACCGAAUUCUCAGACCAGUGGCGAUGAAGGCAUUGUGAUGAGCAACAGCAAUUCGCAAACGUUUUUAGCUACCGAUUCGAAUCAGAGUAAGGUCGAGUCUCAAACGCCUAACGUUAAAAAGAGACAUCGUCGAAUGAAGAGCAGUGGUGUAAAGAACAAUGAGUUAGAUGAUUCUGAUGCGUUGGAGUUUUACAUUGUCUCAUUGGACAACAAGCAAUGGCAUUUUGAAGCUGCUAGUUCGGAAGAGCGUGACGAUUGGGUGGCUGUGAUCGAGAAGGAAAUCUUUAAAUCGCUUCAAGGCAACGAAUCUAGUAAAACAAAACCACAAUCAUCCAGUGAAGUAGCAUCCAUGCAAUCGAUUCGAAGUCGUAUACCAGGCAAUGGAUUUUGCGUAGAUUGUGAUGCUCCAGAUCCCGAAUGGGCUAGUCUAAAUCUUGGUGUGCUGAUGUGCAUAGAGUGCUCGGGUAUUCAUAGAAAUCUUGGUUCUCAUAUCAGUAAAGUUCGAUCUCUAGGCUUAGAUGAUUGGCCACCCGGUCAUAUCAGCGUGAUGUUAGCAAUAGGAAAUAGUCUGGCGAACUCAGUGUGGGAAGCAAAGUCAUUACAUGGACCGAUUACCAAACCAAUAUCAACGUCAUCGCGAGAAGAUAAAGAGAGAUGGAUUCGAUUGAAAUACGAAGCGAAAGAAUUUUUGCCUCCUUGUAAUUUGUCGAUAUCCAUCGAUCAACAAAUUAUUGACGCUGUAGUUGGGAGCAACAUGAAAGCUUUAAUUUUAUUACUGGCCCACGCAACUAGUGAACAUAUCAACACAACCGUUAGUACAAGAGAUUUGAGAUCACCACUUCAUUUGGCUUGCGCUUGUGGAAACCUUGCCAUAGCACAGCUGUUAAUUUGGAAUCAUGCCAAUAUCAAGCAGACUGAUCACGAAGGACGAACAUGUUUGGCCUAUGCAAAAGCAGCCGUUUCAUUAGCAACAGCCAAAACGGCCAAUCCAUCGCCACACAUUUAUUCGGUGGAAGCGACUACAAGUUUAGUGGAACUACUGGUCGGAUUAGGUUGUACCGAUGCAAUACCAAUAACCGCUAGUGGAACAUUACCGCGUCGUAACACAGUUGGACCGUCAUUCGAAAAGUUACCGUCAAGCGUUAUAUAAGGAGUAUAUUGAACUGGAACGACAAAUGGAUGCGAGAUUCGAUCGAGAGGACAAAUGAAAAGAAGAAAUGUGACGAUGGAAUGAUGUAUCGUUGUUGCAUUUUGCUCGUUUUUUUUUUGGGAUUUCGUUUUUUUCCUUCGUUUUUCCCAACCAACACUAUCAGAUACCUGAUGUCUUCUGCUGUUAUAAUUUUUGUUUUUAUUUUUAUUGUUGCAUAAAAUUAAUUUUUUUUUUGUUUGUUAAAUUGCUAUUAGACCACACAUUAGAUUCGCGACAACAAGAUAUUAUCGAGAGGGAGAGAGAGAGAGAGAGAAUCUAUUACUUAAAACUAUUGUUGUCGCAUUUCAGUUGUGGUUGUUUCGAAAUGUAAAAUAUAGAAAAGAGAAACAUUUGUGUUGUACAAAACAAAACCUUACUUUCAACAACAAUAAACAAGAAAUAUUUUAGAAAAUAGAGAACCAUUUUCGCGACUAUAGCACACGUGAAAUCACAGAAUCAACUCCACACACUCACACUAGGAAAUAUAUUUGUAGCGUCGCAGCUUCAUGAGAACACUCAUUUAUGUGCGAUGUUUUAUUCGAAAAAGGAAAGAAUUAAAAAUCUAAUCGAAUACCGAUUUCUUUCACAAUUUAUAAAUUAUCAGUUGACUGAAUUCAAUUUGCUGUGGCAAGUCUGAUUGUAAAGAAAUUAUUCGUGGCCUGUUUGAGAUAGAAUUUCCGAUUUUGUAGCAAAUCCAUCAAGUUACGAUCAAACGUACGAAAUUUCAAUUUCGCCGCAUUCAUUACUUUCUGACUGCAAUGACGCACAUUGAAUCCUUGCUGCUUAAUGUUUGGUCACUGUGAUGAUGCUUGACUUCGAUUUCUAUCAGAAUUUUUUGUUCUGUGAUUCUUUUUUGCUAUUCACAUUCAGACAGGUCGGACCACCUCGGACCGGUAAAAUUUAUUUUGGAUAAAUUUUCAGAGAUCACCCGUCAAGAUAGCCAGUGUGGCCCUGUUCUCAGAAUAUUCUUCAAAAUUAUCAUUCAUCGGUCAACGUUAUCGAGAGGGGCACUGUCAGUUAAAAAUAACGUAACCUUCUUUGCAAACUCCACCUUCCUACUGGAGAGAUUUAUGUUUCUCUCGAUGUUAUUGUUUCGAUAAUCAAAACAAUCAGAAUUCGUGCUUCUGAAAUUGUUUUUUUUAGAAACCCGUUUCUAUUCUUUUAUGUCAAAAUGUUUCGAAAAAAAAUUUACAUUUCGAAAGUCAGAGGUUUCCUGCCAUCGAAACAAUAACUUCGAAAGAACCUUGAAAAUUAAAAUAGACUCUGUCACUAACACAGUACGAUUCAUGUUGUCGACUAUCUGAAACGUUGACUGACUAGAAUCAGUUGCAAGUCCCCUAGGAACUCAUGUAAAACUUGAUAGUCUAAAUUUUGUAAUAAAAUUUUCAUUUGACUGGAUGUCUCGGGUAGUCCUCUAUCAGACGAUUGCAUACUCUUGAGGCCACUAGUAAUUCGUAAAAAAAAUGAAUAUUUUGAAUUUUGUCAAUUUGUUGUUGUACCAUUAAUCACAUAAACUUUGCAGAACCGAUUCGUUCUUGGAGUGGCUCUAAAUUUUCUUUUUCUACAAAUUAUUGUGUACCAUAAUUGCUAACUCAGUUGUGCCGAAUUAUUCAUUGAAAUACAGAAACAUUAUUAAAACCAAAAAAA